AUGCCCUCCCCUUCACCCUCCCCAUCCACCAUUUUAAAUUCACAGCCUUCGCGUCCCGAAGAUAGAGCUGCCCUUGGUUUACCUCCUAUGUCCUACGUCGAGGCUGUCCAAUCUCCCAGACAUGAAGACACGGAGAGCUCCGCUUUUCACAAGGGAGGAUUUGAGUUGAAUAAGGAUACCAUCCAAGUGUUAGAACCAACGUCACCAAAUGCGCAGGGAGUUUCCCAGCGGAAUGGGCUCACAUCUGCUCCCUUACCCCGGGGUGCCCUUAAAAACUGUGGCAGCCAUGGACCGAACAAUGUAAACGGCCCGCAUAGAAAUGGAAGACCGGAUACUACGCUUAGAAGUCGGGGAGGAUCUCAACACGCCAGCAUACGCUGGGCACCGCUGAACAUAGCCCUUGAACGACGGCUCCAAACCCUCGUAGUUCUCUUCCACACCAUCACCAUCCCCAUAUUUCUAACCGCCUUUUUCUUCGCAUGCGCCAUACCACUUUUUUGGCCCCUUCUUCUCCCGUACCUAGUAUACAUCUCCCUCUUUUCCAACACGGCAACCUCUGGCACUCUCGUCCGUCGCAGCCGGUUUCUCCGCUCCCUGCGGAUCUGGAACUACUUUGCAUCCUACUUCCCCGCCCGCCUCCACCGCUCCGUACCUCUCACCGCCACUCGAAAAUAUAUCUUCGGCUACCACCCCCAUGGCAUCAUUUCUCACGGUGCCUUUGCCGCAUUUGCUACAGAAGCACUGGGCUUCUCUACCCUCUUUCCUGGGAUUACUAACACCCUCCUCACCCUUGACUCCAACUUCCGCCUCCCUUUCUACCGUGACUACGCCCUCGCCAUGGGCCUUGCCAGUGUCUCGCGCGAAUCUUGCGAGAACCUGCUGUCCAAGGGCGGUCUCGACAAUGCCGGCAUGGGCCGCGGAAUCACCAUCGUUGUCGGAGGUGCCAGUGAAUCGCUGGAUGCCCAACCCAACUCCAUCCGCCUCGUCCUCAAACGCCGCAAGGGUUUCGUGAAACUCGCCAUCCGCACGGGAGCAGACCUGGUCCCUGUCCUCGCCUUUGGAGAAAAUGAGCUCUACGAACAGCUCUCUUCGGACCAGCACCCGCUCAUUCGCAAAUUCCAGCUCCUCGUCAAACGUACUUUGGGUUUCACAGUGCCGCUCUUCCACGCACGUGGCGUCUUCAACUAUGACAUCGGUCUGAUGCCGUAUCGCCGUCCUCUAAAUAUUGUCAUAGGAAGACCGAUUCAGGUGGUUCAGCAGCGGGAUCGGGCAAAAAUUGAUGAUGCCUACGUUGAUGAGUUGCAUUCUAAAUAUGUCCGCGAGUUACAGCGGUUAUGGAAGGACUAUCGAGGUGUAUUUGCCAUGGAGAGGACGUCGGAGCUGGAGAUUGUUGCGUAG